UGCUUAUGUGAAGCAGUAUUAAUACCUAGCUUAAGCCUGUCAAAGUGUCUCUAAACUCUUAACUCUAAACUUUGCAUCUGAAUAUCUGAGAUUUGGUUUGAUAAACAACUUGAGAAAAACUUUCAUAUGGGAAUGACCCUUUUUGAGUUUUUUGUUUCUUCUCAUCAUACAUUGAUGAUGUUGAGGAAAACUAUCUGAUUAGCUUCAAUUUCCAUUGGUGAGCACCGACCCUCUUCCCAAAAUCUUCUCGUUUUGCUUGUUUUCUUUCCCGAGAAUUUGAGUUCCUAGGAAAAAACAAAGAAAAGAGAGAGAAAGAGAGUGAUGGCACCAAAUUUGGUUGCAGUGACAACUGAGAAGUCUAACAACAACGACUUCACUUUGUUACAAGUUCAUGAUUCGGAUUCUCCCAUGUUUUCAGAGAAGCAAAAAGCCACAAGCCCCAAGCAGUUCACUUGGUUUCUUCUCCUUAAACUCCACAGAGUUGUGACAUGUUUGUCAUGGUUGACCAGUGGUCUCAAAGCCACUUUUGCUUUGGUCAAGAAGCGCGUUUCAUUGGCUGACAUGAGCGAUGAGGGUCCAAAGAGUAGGGGAAGGUUGUACAGGUUCAUCAAAAUCUUCCUGGCUCUCUCAAUUGGAGGCUUGGCCAUAGAGAUCAUUGCUCAUUUCAACAAAUGGAACUUGCACAUGAUUCAUCCUUGGGAAGUUAAGGGUCUGCUGCAAUGGUCCUAUGUGGCUUGGCUCUCCUUCAGGGAAGACUAUGUUGCUCCUCUGGUCUUGAUGGUUUCAAAGUUCUGCAUUGUGCUCUUCUUGAUUCAGUCCCUGGAUCGCCUUGUUCUCUGCCUUGGCUGCUUCUGGAUCAAGUACAAGAAGUUGAAGCCAACCAUUGAACCAGAUGCUUAUGAUGUUGAGGAUCCUUCAAACUUCCCAAUGGUCCUUAUUCAGAUUCCCAUGUGCAAUGAGAGAGAGGUUUAUUCACAAUCCAUUGGUGCUGCUGCUCAACUUGAUUGGCCUAAAGACAAAAUAUUGAUUCAAGUGCUAGAUGAUUCAGAUGAUGGGAAUUUACAGCUGCUGAUCAAAGAAGAGGUUGCCUCUUGGAAAGAGAAAGGGGUCAACAUUGUGUACAGGCAUAGAUUGAUUAGAACUGGGUAUAAAGCUGGGAAUCUCAAGUCAGCCAUGUCAUGUGACUAUGUCAAAGACUAUGAAUUUGUGGCAAUAUUUGAUGCAGAUUUCCAGCCAAAUCCUGAUUUCCUCAAACUAACUAUUCCCCAUUUCAAGGGAAAGCCUGACUUGGGCCUAGUGCAGGCUAGAUGGUCCUUUGUGAACAAGGAUGAGAAUCUACUCACAAGGCUUCAGAACAUAAACUUGUGCUUUCACUUUGAGGUGGAGCAACAAGUGAAUGGCCAUUUCCUGAAUUUCUUUGGAUUCAAUGGAACAGCUGGUGUUUGGAGGAUAAAGGCUUUGGAGGAAUCAGGAGGGUGGUUGGAGAGGACCACAGUUGAGGACAUGGACAUAGCUGUCCGAGCUCACUUGAAUGGAUGGAAGUUUAUCUUCCUUAAUGAUGUCAAAGCUCUAUGUGAACUACCAGAGUCUUAUGAAGCUUAUAAGAAACAACAACAUCGUUGGCACUCUGGUCCAAUGCAGCUUUUCCGGCUAUGUCUUCCUGCUAUAAUAACUUCCAAGAUAUCAGUAUGGAAGAAGGCUAAUUUGAUAUUUUUGUUCUUCCUAUUGAGGAAACUUAUACUUCCUUUCUACUCAUUCACCUUGUUCUGCAUCAUACUACCCUUGACUAUGUUCAUACCUGAGUCUGAACUACCCCUUUGGGUGAUAUGUUAUGUCCCCAUUGUAAUGUCUUUCUUGAACAUCCUUCCAUCCCCAAAAUCUGUCCCUUUCCUAGUUCCCUACCUUCUAUUUGAGAACACCAUGUCAGUCACAAAGUUCAAUGCCAUGGUCUCAGGACUGUUCCAGCUAGGAAGUGCUUAUGAGUGGGUAGUGACAAAGAAGACAGGGAGAUCCUCUGAGUCAGAUUUGUUAGCCUUGGCUGAGAGAGAGUCAAAGUCUUCAAAUGAAGAAAAAAUUCACAGGAGGCACUCAGAGUCUGGCUUGGAAUUGUUAGGAAAACUUAAGAAAUCAGAAGCACCUCCAAAGAAGAAAAGAAACAAGCUCUAUAGGAAGGAGCUAGCACUUGCAUUUCUUUUGCUCACAGCAUCUGCAAGAAGUCUUUUGUCAGCACAUGGUGUUCACUUCUAUUUUUUGCUCUUCCAAGGAUUGUCAUUUCUCAUAAUGGGUUUGGACUUGAUUGGUGAGCAAGUGAGCUAAGCUGAAAUAAGGAUUGGAAAAUGGAAAUUGUUUUACUUGUUUUUGACACCAUUUAUUAAUACUUGGUUCUGAGUCCAGAUUUCAGUUCAAGAUACACAUAUCAGAUGGCAAGAAAUGAGAUAUAGAGUAAAGUUGAUUGCCCCAUCUAAAAUAUAAAGAAUAAUAAUAAGCAUUGAGGAUGAUAGACAAGAAAGAUGUAAUUUUUUUAUUUAUUUCCCCAUUUUUUGUGUAGACUUUUGUCAGGGAGUGAUGAUUUGUUGGCUUUUUGUGGAGUUUCACUUAUGUAAAGCUUUAGGAUUAAGAAAAUAUUGGUGAAACAUAAUUGUAUUUAAUGUCUUCGAGGAUAGCUUGUGAAAUGAGUAACAUUUUCUGUUUAA